AUGGCUAUUUUCAGAAGCAAGUCGUCGAACAAGACCCAGACCGUUCAUUCUGUCAACGAUAUAAACGUUAAAAUAUCGGCAGAAGACCAAAAACAGUACAAGUACCACGCCACAAAUGUCCACGACCCUAUACUCACGGCAGUCAACGAAGCUCAGCCUUUUGAACAAGCAGCUCAGCGUUUGGAUAACCGCAGACCUUCGUAUCUUUCGCAAGACUCGGCAGACUUGAAAGAUAUCUUUGGUCAAGCCAUCCGUCAGACCGAUAUGUCGAAUCCCACCAGAUCAAGAAACGAAAGACCCUUGGAUACCAUCCGAGGAUUCGAAUACGCCGUUACUGGCGACUCAACUUAUAGAGAUCAGUUAGAAAGUGGUAGACUAGGCUGGGGUUUCCACGAGGAUUUCCCUUACUACAACUUGACUGGAGAAGCAAGACAGCAGCAGGAAGGCAGAAGACCCGUUAUCAAUUUCGAUAACCAGCCUGUUUACCAAGCUGGCAACUACAGUGCCAGCUCUCUACAAGCUGACAACAACAAGAAACUGAAGAAACAAAAACGUGGGCUUUUUGGUAGAAAGAAGUAG